AUGGCAACCCGAAAGCUGCGGAAGACGAGAAUCGUCUGCAUCUCGGAUACUCACAAUUGCACCGUCAAACUCCCGCCCGGCGACAUCUUGAUCCAUGCUGGAGAUCUCACCAACAAGGGAAGCAAGUCGGAGCUCUCCAGAGCAGUUAAAUGGCUCGAAGAGGCUGACUUUGAGGCCAAAAUUGUCGUGGCCGGGAACCACGAUGUCACGCUGGAUGAGGACUUCUACUUCCACCAUGGCGACAGCUUCCAUAACAAGAUCAAGCAGGAUCCGGCUGAGUGUAUCCAAUUGCUGACUUCAUCGCCGUCCAUCACCUAUUUGUGCCACGACUCAGCAACUAUCCGUCUCAAGUCAUCCACAGGGCCGCGUACGGAAUUUACCGUCUUCGGCUCGCCAUACUCCCCUCGGAGCGGGCUUUGGGCUUUCUAUUAUGAGGCCCCAAAAAGCCUCGAGGACAGCACCACGGAUCUCACCUCGCUGUGGGAACUCAUCCCGCUCGAGACAGACAUUGUAGUGACACACACGCCGCCACGUACACACUGCGAUACACCGGAGGGUCGGCGACCUGCCGGCUGCGAGGCCCUGCGACACGCGCUCUGGAGAGUGAGACCCAAGCUAGCUGUCUGCGGCCACAUUCACGACGGGCGGGGGGCCGAGCGAGUGCUCUGGGACCUGAAGAACAAGCACAAGCCCUACGCUGAGAGAGUCUCCAUCGGCUGGGAGGACCCGGGUGCGGGUAACAACAAGAUGAGCCUGGUUGAUCUCACCGGCAAAACGAGCAAGAUGCCGGCCCUCGCAAACGACGGGUCUCAUCCGGGUCGGCCGAGCUAUGAGGACGACCAACAAACAGCCAACACGACAUCAGCCAACGAGCAUGUAGUGGGCUAUGGGGGUGAUGAGGAAUCCGAUGGCUGUGAUUAUGAAGCAUUGGCGGGGAGAACCGGCCGCAAGGAGACAUGUGUUGUGAACGCGGCCAUCAUGCAGGGCAGCUAUCCUCAUACCGAAGGCAAACUGUUCAGCAAACCCAUUGUGGUGGACUUACUUUUGCCCGUGUGGCAAGAGGACGAUGACAACAACGAAGCUUGA